UUAAGUAUUCACUUGUCUUGUAAAACAUGUGUUUAAAUCUGCAUGUAGCCUCUAAAAAAGCCACUAAAUAUUCCUUAAAACACUGACUGAAGUAUAUUGUAAGGUUGCUUACUUAUAGGCUAUAGCUCCAGCGUCACCUAGUGUCAGAUUAAUGUCUGCUUGCAUGUCUAACAUUGAUUGUGUGUCUAUAAUUUACAGUACUUUGCACAAACAAUCUACUGUUUUUACCCUUUCAGACAUGUUCACGUAAAAAACGUGAAUAAACGUUUUCAUCAAAGCAAAUAUAUUUUUUUAAAAAUAAAUUAUAUUAACUUCUGCUUCUACAUAGGCUACUAUUUGCAUGGACGAGCAGGUCUGACAGGUUAGUUUAGUUAACCUACCCGAACACCAGAUACACCCGGCUAAAUUCCGACAAUAGUCGGUCAGCAAGUGUCCUUUUAAUUUUAGUUUACAACAGUUUAAAAUGCAAUUGCAAACAUGUACUAUUAUUGCAGGUCUAUUUGUUUCAUUUGUUGGCAUCCUUUUGCUCGUCGUUAAUACCGAAGACUUUAAAGAACCAGCGCAGCUCAUGUAUGGAAUAGUUCUGGAUGCUGGAUCCUCUCAUACGUCCAUGUUUAUCUACAAAUGGCCAGCAGAUAAGCAGAACGGCACUGGCAUUGUCAGUCAGCACAGCGAGUGUCGUGUGAAGGGAGGAGGGAUAUCCAGUUAUGCUGGAAUCAAAGGAGCAGCAGCACGUAGCCUUGAGGAAUGCAUGGAUAAAGCCACUAAAAGCAUCCCGAAAUCUAGACAGAGGAUUACCCCCGUGUAUCUGGGGGCCACUGCAGGCAUGAGGCUACUGAAUAUUUCUAAACCCAAAGAGUCGGCUGAGGUCUUAAAAGAAGUUGGAGAAAAACUGAAGAGCUAUCCGUUCAGCUUUAAAGGAGCCUCUAUCUUAACUGGACAAGAUGAGGGAGCUUAUGGAUGGAUCACAGUCAACUACCUGCUGGAGAAUUUUAUUAAGUAUGGUUUUGUGGGUCAGUGGAUUACUCCAGGCAGAGAUACAGUUGGUGCGCUGGACUUUGGCGGAGCGUCUACUCAGAUCACCUUUGUGACGAAACAGACCGUGGAGAACAAGGAUGACCUGAUGAAACUGCGGCUGUACGGGCGAGACUACCAGAUCUACACUCACAGUUUUCUGUGUUAUGGACAAGACCAGGCUUUACUCCGACUGCUGGCACAUCUAAUCAAGACUCAGGGUUCAGACACAUCUAUAGUCCACCCCUGUUAUCCUGCAGAUUACAGCAGCUCUAUAAAGCUGAGCAGUGUGUUUGAUACUCCAUGUGUUAAAAGACAAACUCCUUAUAAACCUGAUGAUGAGCUGCAAAUAAAAGGCACCGGAAACUACAAUCAGUGUCUAGGAAAUGUUUCUCAACUCUUCUCCUUUAGCAGCUGCUCUUAUUCCAAAUGCUCUUUCGACGGAGUCUUUCAGCCCAACAUUACUGGAAACUUCAUGGCAUUUUCUGCAUUUUAUUACAUUCAUCAAUUCUUGCAAAAAGCUGCAGGCAUCACCAUCACGUCUCCAGCGGAUUUAGAGCACGCUGCCCAGUUUGUCUGCAACAUGAGUUUUCAGCAGAUGCAGAACAAGUUUCCCACUGAGGGGGAUCAUUUGAGAGACUACUGUGCAGACUCUGUGCUUAUGCGGGUGCUCCUGAUUAAUGGAUAUGGUUUCAGUGAUCUCUCCUUUCCACACAUCUCCUUUCAGGAAAAAGUUGAAGACACCUCUGUCGGCUGGUCUCUUGGCUACAUGCUAAGCUUAAGUAACUUGCUGGAUGCUGAAAAUGCGAUGGUGAGGAAAGCACUGCGUCCAGAUGUGUGGCGUGCCGCCGUUCUUCUUUUCUCAGUCCUUGUUAUUGCAUCUUUAUUUUUUCUGUUGCGAAGCUACCAAAAGAAUGGCACUAAACUUUGUUGUUACAUUUGAUCAUUGAGAACUGAAGAGUUUAACUGUGAUUGUGAAAUUAUAAGCUUUAUAUGUAGAGGUGUAAAAGGUUUGUACUGACAAAACAUUAAUUAUUUAUGUGUGUUUGCGUCAGAUCAGUGUGGUUCAUCAUGAUAAUUAUUUUUUUAACACUUCAAAAUAUGAAAUGCACUUAACAUUUACAAGUAUGUAAAUGUGUAAAGACAUGAAGUCAUAAAUAAAUGAUCAACACACUAAUCGUAUAUGGUGUGCUUAGCUAUUUAUUGAA